AUGCAAAGUGCGACACCGUCUGCGCUUAAAGUAACAUUUUAUGGUAUGGUGAUCCUAACGUUCAUCGGUAUUCUACUUUUUGCUUUUAUCGUGACAGUCGACAACAAUGAAACAAAUUUUGGUGAUGAAAGCAAGGACUUAACAAAAAGAGAACAAAGCGAUGAAAUCAAUAAGAGCACGACAAGAAAAGUCGUGAUUCUGUACUGGAGCAGAGUGUUCAGCGCUACACCGAAUGUUAAUUCAAACCCCGACGCUUGGCCGUUCUUUUAUGCUGGUAACAAUUGCCCGAUUCCAUGCGAACUUACAACGGACAAAAAACGAGUGGAAGAAGCCUCGGCGCUCGUGGUUCACGCCAGAAACACCAACGAAAUCCCACCAAAAAUUUACAAACAUUUAACUUGGAUUUUACACACGAACGAGAAUCCUAACUACACUCCAUCACUCCGUGAUCCGAACAUCAUGAAGCAGUUCAAUUAUUUCGCCAGUUACCGCUUAGAUUCGGAUUUUCCUUGUCCAGAGUUUGUAAAGCCAACGUUAGAACCACCUGUGCCGCUUGCAGAGAAGAAUGGCUUAAUUAUCGCAAUCUUCUCUAAUUGCGAACCGGUACGGACACGCUAUCUUGCAGAGCUUAUGAAAUAUAUAAAAGUGGAUUCGUAUGGAGGAUGCCUAAGGAAUAAGGAUAGCCUAGUCCGGAAAGGCAAAAUGAAUUCUAGACAUGCUGUCACAGAACUGCAAAGGAACUAUAAAUUCAGUAUAGUGUUUCCGAAUGCGGAUUGUGCUUUUUAUAUGACUGAAAAAAUCCACAGUGCUCUGUCAGCUGGCAGUGUUCCAAUAUGGCUCGGAACGGAUGGAAUUGACGAAGUGUUGCGAUGGGGUAAUCUUAAACAUUCCGUUAUUAAAGUGAAGGAUUUUAGUUCACCGAAGGCUUUAGCCGAGUAUCUAGCCAAGCUGGCUAAAAACGAAACCGAGUACAAUAAAUACUUAAAGUGGAAGUAUCAAGGUUUUCAAUUUCCAAAGGAGUACUAUAAAUCGGCGAUAGGACAGUGGUGGGACGGAUUGCCACUGUAUUGUAGGGUAUGUUUGAGGGUUUCACAGGAUCCACAAGGACGUAAAGGGUUGCCUGUUGAUAGAUGCGAUGGGCCUGAUCAGAGACGGACUAUUGAAAAGUGGUUACAAAACGCAACGUUAAAGGUUUAA